AUGCGUGGCCAAGAACGUGAUCACCUUCUUGGUGCUGUGUUGAUGUCUUCUUCGCGUUGGAGCACGCGGAACCUCACCGGGCAAACAGCAAUGUUUUGGUUUGAGCUGCUGGUUCUGGAUUGUGCCGCGUGGUAUUUCGAUGUCUACUCGGACAUAAGCUCACUGCAACUGUUCGCCAGCACUGGCAUGAUGGACUACUUCGUGCUGAACUUCGCAGGAAUGAUGCUCCCUAUGAUAGUCAGCCUGCGAGACAUUUGGCAUUUCCAUGCCACUCCCUCACCAGAGUUAGAUGCACUGAAAGCUGCGGCCCGUCAUGUGCACUUGAGCGGUCAUUGGUUGGAGCUUGCCACUUAUGGUGCUAUCGCGCUCCAAAUGCAGAUGCUCUGGCUGACAGCUUGGUCUGCCAAGCACUGCAUGAAGCAUUCAUUGCUUGGGGCUACCAAGCUCGCGGAGGUGGCGGAGUCAGCGUGCUCUGCUUUAAUCCAGUUCAAUUAUUUGCUGUGCGUGAUCGUUGGUGUGAAGGAGUUCGACACGCUGCAGCUCAGCGAAGCUGAUUUCAUACGACUUGGAGCUUCCAUCACCAUGUCCUGUGGUCUCCUUGGGAUGGGCUUUGCGUUCCGUGACACAGAGCCCGUUCGAGUCUUGGGGCUGCCAGGCAAGUUGAAACUUGACCGCGAACCGUUCCUGCUGGCUGCCUUAACCCUUGUCAGGGUGUUGGAAGUGACGAGCCAGGUACUGGCAAUCAACUUCGUGCAUGUGUCCACGCGCUUCCAGGGAUUCUCUAUGGGUGGCCCGGCAAUGACCUUGGGCCUGGCACUGCUCGCAAAGUUCUUUCUGACGAAAGCGACCACGGAGCAUGUUUUGGCCGCUAUCCUGGCCCACCCAGGGCAGGUUCUGGAGCCGCGGUCACUCAUGCCCUUGGGAAACACUAUGAAGAUGAAGGUCGCAUCAGCAGCUGCUGUCAUCAUUGCCCAGGCGUUUGCCCGUUAUUCUACCUUCAGCGAGGAAGCCAAGGCCAUACCCGAUUGGCUCCUCGCCAUGUGGUUCGCAUUGACAGUACUGAGCUGGAUGGGAUUGGGAGGGAUGGCACUCUUUGGCAAGAAGGUGAAGAACAAGACCUUUCAGCGUCUUGCAGAUGAUGUCGGCGUCAUCACCUACAGAGCAGUCAAAGCCGCCUUCGACUGUGCCAAAGAGGUGCCUGACACAAUCCUCAUGGCUCUCACAGAAGACUACACAUUGCUGUGGGACAAGUCUGCACUGAAGGAGCUGAGAGCCGUCUCAGCCUCCAUGGACAGGUGGACCGUUUGGUCCAAUCCGAGGCUGAAGCUUUGCCAAUCUUUCAUUGAAGAACUUGGGCACAAGGGCAUCGUAGAGGGCUUUUCUAUUUUGGCACUCCACAACCCUGAGGAGCUUCUUCUGCCAGGUUGCUAUGAGAUUCCCAGCGAUGCAUGGGGAGCACUACAAAGAGCACAGUGGUCCAAGCUGAAGAAGGUGAAUUUGCACGAGUGCUUCAGCCGCGACACGGAAGGCGCAGAAGGAGCCAAAGACCUUUUGAUGGCCUUGGCUUCGAGCAAAGAGCUGGAG